GUGGUUUUGGUAGCACUGGGUAUGUGAAACGAAACCGUUCAAAAAUUAAGUGAAGUUCAGAAAAAAACUACAAAAAAUGAAGCCAGGCACAAUAGUAUCAAAGUUGGGUAUCCGUCAUGUUGAAGCUGGACUUCUUUUUUUACUUACAACCGUCAUCAUUGGUAUGCGCGCACAACUUUCUAUGGCCAUGGUCGCCAUGACAGACUUAAACAAAAACACCACUGCAAAUCCAGAUGUUCCAGUAUAUGAUUGGGACAAUCAGAGUACAAUGUUGUCAUCCUUUUUGUGGGGUUACCUUUGGCUUCAAGUAAUUGCAGGGAACGUAGGAAGAGUAUAUGGUACCAAAUGGUUUCUUCUAAUAGCGAUGACUAUUAACUCUACAUUAAGUUGUCUUCUACCUCUAUUUGCUCAUUUGAUGGGUUCGUAUGGAGUUAUGUUAUGUAGAUGUUUGCAAGGACUUUCUCAGGGAUUUUUCUACCCAUCUAUUCAUAAUUUGAUAUCACUAUGGUCGCCUAUAUCAGAAAGAGGAGUAUUUAGUUCAAUAGCAUUUGCUGGCUCACCCUUUGGUACAAUUAUUACUAUGCCAAUAGUAGGAUAUAUUUCGUCUAGCUGGUGGGGCUGGCCAGCGUCAUUUUACCUUUAUGGAGGCUUAGGGUAUCUCUGGGUGAUACUUUAUUUUUUUCUUGGAGCGGAUAGUCCUGACAAACAUCCAUGGAUAUCAGAAAGAGAAAAACGGUACAUAAAAAGUGAUUUGGGAGAAGAAACAGUAAAGAUGCAGGUUCCAUGGAAAGCUAUUUUGACUAAUCGACCUUUCUGGGUUAUUUGGAUAAACGCAGUAGCCCAGUUUUGGUGUUGGCAAACACUUCUAGCAGAAAUGCCUACGUAUAUGAACAAAAUUCUGAAGUAUGAUAUAAAAUCCAAUGGUCUUUUAUCUUCUAUUCCUUAUAUUGUUAACUUUAUAACCGUAAUUGCGAGUGGCAGUAUAGCCGAUAUAAUUAUAAAGAGAAAUAUAUUGUCUACAAUAUGGACCAGGAAGAUGUUUACAUUCAUAGGUUCUAUGGUACCAGCAUUAUCAUUACUUGCUCUUGGAUUUGUACCAGAUGAUCAAAGAACAUUGUCUGUUAUAUUAUUAGUAAUAGGAGUAGGAAUUCCAGCUGCUUGUUUUGUUGGUAGUGGUAUAAAUCAUAUCGACAUAGCACCAUCUUUUGCUGGGAUUGUUCUCGCUAUAAUAAAUAGCUGUGGAAGUUUUGUCUCCAUAUUCGGACCUUUGUCGGUACAACUUAUAGAUGAGACCAAAAAAGGACAAUGGGCAAUAAUAUUUACGAUAGCUGCAGUAAUGUAUGGGGUAUCAUCGAUUUUGUUUUUAUUUUUUGCCACAGCUGAUAUUCAAGACUUUGAUCCUGCCAACAAGGAAAAGAUGACAAAAAGAAAAAUGAGGGAGAAGAAACAUUCUGUAAUAUCUGUAAUCUCAAUGUAAAUACUUUAAUAAAUAUGAAAAUAGUAAAUAUUUUAAUUAUCUAAGAAAUCACUUGAACGACUGAAACAGUUGCUAUAAAUGGGAUUAUUAAAAAAUUUUUAUAAUAAAUAAGAAU